CCGGGUUGGGCUCCUUCCCUCCUCCGCCCUCCCCUCCUCCCCCUCCCCUCACCUGUGGUUCCUGAAGAGUCUGAGACGUGCAGCGAGGCGGCGACAGGCUCUGGGGUCAACUCACUAUCCUGAAAGUCCACCCUCCCAAGAAGAAGGUACAGAAAGAAAGACCUCUUUGUAGGAAAGGCUUGUGUAUCCCAUGAACGAGACAGCGAAAAACGGAUUGGAGUGCAGCAGGACUCCAGAGCCAGAAAUACGGCUCAGAAAAGGACCCCAACUUGAUGGUACAAGGAGAGGUGAUAAUGACAACUGCCAAGGAGAUUUGGAGCCUGUUUUAGAGGCAUCUGUUCUUUCUACCCAUCAUAAAAAAAGCUCUGAGGAACAUGACUGUAAUGAUGAAGUUUCUCAGGAAGAGGAUGGAUUUAUGGGCAUGUCCCCUCUCUUACAAGCCCAUCAUGCUAUGGAAAGAAUGGAAGAGUUUGUUUGUAAGGUUUGGGAAGGUCGAUGGCGAGUAAUCCCUCAUGAUGUACUACCAGACUGGCUCAAGGAUAAUGAUUACCUUUUACAUGGACACCGGCCCCCUAUGCCUUCUUUCCGGGCCUGUUUUAAGAGCAUUUUCAGAAUACACACAGAGACAGGCAACAUCUGGACACAUCUCUUAGGUUGUGUAUUCUUCCUGUGCCUGGGGAUCUUUUAUAUGUUUCGCCCAAACAUCUUCUUUGUGGCCCCUCUGCAAGAGAAGGUGGUCUUUGGAUUAUUCUUCUUGGGGGCCAUUCUCUGCCUUUCUUUUUCAUGGCUCUUCCACACGGUCUACUGCCACUCAGAAGGGGUCUCCCGACUCUUCUCUAAACUGGAUUACUCUGGUAUUGCUCUUCUGAUCAUGGGAAGUUUUGUUCCUUGGCUUUAUUAUUCUUUCUACUGUAACCCACAACCUUGCUUCAUCUACUUGAUUGUCAUCUGUGUGCUGGGCAUCGCAGCCAUUAUAGUCUCCCAGUGGGACAUGUUUGCCACCCCCCAGUAUCGAGGAGUACGAGCAGGAGUGUUUUUGGGCCUAGGCCUGAGUGGAAUCAUUCCUGCCUUGCACUAUGUCAUCUCGGAGGGGUUCCUGAAGGCUGCCACCAUAGGACAGAUUGGCUGGUUGAUGCUGAUGGCCAGCCUCUAUAUCACGGGGGCUGCUCUGUAUGCUGCCCGCAUCCCUGAACGCUUCUUUCCUGGCAAGUGUGACAUCUGGUUUCACUCUCAUCAGCUAUUCCACAUCUUUGUGGUUGCUGGCGCUUUCGUUCACUUCCAUGGGGUCUCAAAUCUCCAGGAGUUCCGUUUCAUGAUCGGCGGAGGCUGCAGUGAAGAGGAUGCACUGUGACACCUACAGUAGCCAGGGCUGGGACCCUGAACCAGGGCCUGCAGCACCUGCAGGCCUCUCCUUUCCUGGCCAUUGAUGCCAGUACCAGAGGAGCCCCAAAACUUUGACAGCCUCGUGUGCUUGGUGACACCCCAGAGGCUCCAUGUGGCACAUGACUGAGAAGAGAAAAACAAAAAUAAAUCAUACCUCAAAGGAUGGAGUGCAUCAAUUUGGAGAAAAGGAGAAAUGACCCAAACCCUGACGUAUUUUUUGGGAUGUACUUGAUUGAGGGCUCUGCAAGACCCUUGGCAAACUGGCUUCUGAUCCGUAUCGUAUUUAUUUGUAGAAGACGGGGAAACAGUUUAGCUGGCAGUUCAUUCUUCUCCCUUUCUCUCUCCUUAAAACAAUAAUACAAACCAAUUUAGGUGAACAUUUAUAUCCUGUUACGGGGUGGGAGUGUGAUUUUAGAUGCUCUUUUGGGAGAACAAACAAAUUAAUGUAAAUAAGAUUUCUAACUUACUGUUUAAAUAAGAAUUUAUAUAAAUGUUUAACACAUAGGGGUAGGGGAGGGUGGGAGAAUUUUUGUAUAGAGUGAAACAUGCAAGUACCACACACUGUUUCAAUUUUGCACAAAGUGAUUGUAGGAGGAUCAGGUGAUGGCCCAGAAUGCAUAAUGCCUUGGUGCACCACGCUGCCUUCUGGAGGCUGACAUACCCUGGACCCUGGUGGGGCAGAGGGCACAGCCCCUGCCCAGUGGUCACAUGACCACUCUUCUGCCUAAGAGCCUUGGGGAGUCCUGAGGUAGAGGGAGAUGGUAUGUGUUUUCUAAGUGGGAGCAGCAUGUGAAUGGCUAACAGGAUGGUAGAUAAAAGCUCUAGGUAAGGUGUCCUCAGACCAACUUUUCUAUGCUGAUGACCCACUCUAAGGAGUAGAGCCACCUGCUUCAGAAACUAUGCUGGCAGAGGGGUAGUAGAGACAGAGGAGGAGCUCUGGAAAUGCUACAGGGCUGAUCUGAUUACUUCCUGGCAUCCUGUUGAAUUUUGUGGUGAUUUUUAUUUGAUUGCAGGGAUGUGACAGUUUUCUAUAUCCUUGUUAUGGAGUUUUGAGAUACCCUGGAAAUAUCCCUCUUAUUAAAAUAACUGCCCCUAACUACCCAUCCUACCCCUGGGAAUAAAAAUGACCUUUCUCUGACAUCAUUCUUGGCAUUAAGCCAGCCACAAGAGUCUGCCUUGUCCAGGUGCCUCCUGAGCUCAUUUACUGGGCUAGGGAGAAUGCUUCCUUUGGAUUAGGAAGGGUGAGUGUCACCUGGUACACUGUGUUUGCGAACCUUGGUGUGACAAACAUAUCAGCUCUCCUUGAACAAAAAUACCAAGCAGGGCCCGAUACCCACCAUGGAGUAGUAGCAGCCCUUGAACCCCAUUUUUAAGGGAUAGCACGGUGGCAAGUUUUAAAAGGAAAUUGUAUAUUAUUGCCAGGGAGUCAGUAGAUCUUUAAAGCUGUAUCUUAGAAGAGCUACUAGAAGUAAAAAAAGAGAUUGCUUCUGUCUCUGAGGUACCGUUAUGGUGAAGGGAGAGUCUUAGGGGAAGGCUCUGGUUCAUAGAAUCCUCAUCUUGGCUCAUAGGCAAACCACUCACAUAGCACCAGAGUCUUAGGUUACUUACUGUCAUCCAGUUACUUACUGCAGGUGAUUGUUACAUCCUGGAAUUGUGUGCAUUAGAACUAAACAGGCCCUAAGCAUGGGGGCUGGCAUCCUCAACUGGGUGUUUGGGGAUGUGGGAAGGGUGUCCCAUUUGUUCCGUGUAGGGUUUUCUCAGUUCUUUCUCUCCUUUUUCUCCUCUUCCAAUCUCCAGCAAAAGCUGCAAACCAGGAAGAAAAAAAAUCCAUUUUAGAACUUGGGAGGAAUUUAAGAGUAUUUUGGUUCUGGGUAAGGUUACUGCCCUAGGUGCUAGGUGGACCCAGCAAAAGACUCAGUGGGUGAAAUGGUUCAGUGCCUGACAGAAUAAAGAG